CCGCCGAACAGCGAACUAAAUUAAUAGAAAGCGGCCAGGAGGUGGCUGCAUAAUUUGGCUGGCGCGAUAUAAAUGAAAUACAAAAGAAAAUGGUUUUCAAAUCGACAACUUAACACCUACGGUUAUCUACAGUUAAAAGGUUGCUUAAGCUCUAAAGGGAAAAAAGGAAACUUCAUAAAUUUUUUCAUAAAUAAGCAUAUAUUUGAUUUUAAAAUAUUAGAAAAAUAUUAGUCAGAUAUAGCAUUUAGAUAUCAAUACUCUAUUCACUUGUUUUUCAAUCAAAAUUUUUACAUUUAAUUGAGGUCUCUAACAAUCAUGAGAAUGAAAAUAGGAUACCAAGAUCAUCAAUUCCUACUCUUUCAAAGUUUGAUAACUUGUACAUAUUUUGCAGCAAUAUUACUUUUUUUGUAUUUUAGUGGCAAUAUUUACAAUGUUGGGAAGUACAAAUUUAUUUCUAUAUUGAUAAUAAUAGUAUUAGCCGAAUUCGUCAAAAUAUUCUUAGCAAAUUUACAGUUAGAACAACUACCUACAGUAAAGGUAGAACAGAAUUAUCUAAACAAAACCAAAAGAAAUGUUACUAAAUUUAUUAAAGAUACCUUAAAAUUUAGUACAGUUGCAGCUAUAACAAUAUUUAUUUAUUUCAUUGUCAUCGUGUUAUUUGGAGCACCAUUGUUGACUCAUCAUGAAGAGACAUUGAUGCUUGCCCUUACUCUAACUACUCUUACAUUGAUACCAACAACUUUUCAUUUAGGCAUUGAGAAUAUGCUCAUCUUAUUUACUGGAAGUCAAUCGUUACCUCAUGGAAUACUUCUAGAGUCUAUCACAUUAAACAUAAAGGCUGUUAUAUGUGGCACAUGGUGUAGUGCAUUUGUUAUCCCACUAGAUUGGGAUCGUCCCUGGCAAGCAUGGCCUAUACCAUGUAUCAUAGGUGCUUUAUUAGGAUGUUUUGCUGGCCAUUUUAUAACAUUGAUUAAAGUUUUAAUGUUAAGAUUAAAGAAAAAAAGAUAAGUCUAGAUUUUUUGAUGAAAAAAGCUUGUGAAAUAACAAGUAUGCAAUAAAAGAUAUGAUUUUAUAAAAAAUAUUGUUCAUUUAGUCAAUCGCAUAUUUUAUUUAUUAUUUUAUAAUUAUAUAAAAUCAAUGUUAUUGAAAUCUCACCAAUCAAAAUGAU